AAAUGCAUCUCUAUCUUACCCUCUUUCUCAUAGCAAAAUAGCAUUUGAGUAUUCUUACAUAAUCUACACGUCUUGCCUAGUUUGUUUUUACAACUAUGUCCAUGAUUCCACGUAUGUAUUACGGUGGGCACAGUGUUUACGAGCCUUACUACCAGCAGCAAGCAGUUUGGGAUCCGUUCCAAGAAGUCCCGCACGGCGGGAGCAGCUUGGUUGCGGCUGCUUCGCCCGAAUCACGGUUCGAGCUUACGAAGCUAGACUUGAAGGAAACCCCGGAAGCUCACGUGUUCAAAGCGGAGCUUCCAGGGCUGAAGAAGAACGAGGUGAAGGUGGAAGUAGAGGAGGGGCGAGUUCUCUGCAUUCGCGGGGAGAAGAGCGUGGAGAAAGAAGUGAGCGGCGGGACGUGGCAUCGCGUUGAACGCAGCAGCGGUGCGUUCGUAAGGCGUUUCAGGUUGCCUGAGGAUGCGAAGCUUGAUAAGCUGACGGCGUGUUUGGAGCGGGGGGUGCUCACCGUCACAGUUCCUAAGAAAGAGCACAAACACCCCCCUAAAAGAACCAUUCAGAUCCAUGUCCAGUAAUCUCGUGUUUCCCUUUUGCUUAACAAUGAGACCAGGUCUUUAUGAAUCAUAUAUAUAUAUAUAUAAUCUUAUGAGUGCUUUUGUUGUAUUUUGGCUCUUAUAAUUUAGUAUGAUAAAUUAAAUACUAUUUAUAUUAUAAAAUUCAAAAAUAUAUAUUUGGCUGA